CGCCUCCUCUAUCAAAAUGUGUUUGUGUUCAGUGGCAGCACGCUGAAACGCGCAUGCUCAGUUUAGCUAAGCGUAUAGUAGCUUUCAUUCUGACUUCAGUUUACAUCGACACAUUGCGUUAUAAACACUACCGCAUGAAUACGAAGAUGGGCAGCAUAUAUACACAUAUAUAUAACUGAGUUUGUAGCCCAGCACCUCUAAUUAACCACACUUCAUUUGUUACAUGUUUACAAUGUACUGCAAAAGGAUUUCCGCCACAGGUAUAUAUGUAUCGGCUGCACUUCAUCGACUCUUCGGUCGCAGCAUGGCCUCUGAAUCCGUUACGCGCUUUGAUUUUCUGGUGAUUGGCGGAGGAUCCGGAGGGCUGGCCGGUGCGCGGCGGGCGGCUGAACUCGGUGCCACUGCAGCCGUGAUCGAAAGUCACAAACUCGGAGGUACCUGCGUGAAUGUUGGUUGUGUUCCUAAAAAGGUAAUGUGGAACACAUCCACCCAUGCAGAGUAUCUCCAUUAUCAUGAAGAUUAUGGGUUUGAGGGAGCAAAAGCACAUUUCAACUGGCAGCUCAUUAAACCUAAAAGGGAUGCUUACGUUAGUCGCCUGAAUCAGAUUUACCGGAACAACCUUGACAAGGCCAAAAUUGAGUCCAUUCAUGGCUAUGCAAGGUUCACAGAUGAUCCUGAACCUACUGUUGAAGUUAAUGGGAAAAAAUACACAGCUCCUCAUAUCUUAAUCGCCACUGGUGGCCACCCGUCCACUGUCAGUGAGAAUGAUGUUCCAGGAGCCAGUUUAGGCAUUACCAGUGAUGGAUUCUUUGAACUUGAGUUUUGCCCUAAACGUAGUGUGAUAGUUGGGGCAGGAUAUAUUGCUGUGGAGAUGGCUGGUAUCCUUUCCACUCUGGGGUCCAAAACGUCCAUGAUCAUACGACAAGGAGGGGUUCUGAGGAACUUCGAUGCCUUGAUAAGCUCAAAUUGCACGAAAGAAUUGCAAAAUCAUGGUAUUGACUUACGGAAAAAUACUCAGGUGAGGUCAGUGCAGAAGACUGACAAAGGCCUUUCUGUUACGCUGGUGACAAAAGACCCUGACGACAAAGAUGCACAGGAGAAGUACGACACCAUCCAUGAGGCGGACUGUCUGCUCUGGGCUAUUGGCAGGGAACCCAACACCUCUGGCCUCGAUCUCAGUUCAAUAGGUGUGAAGCUUGAUGAAAAGGGGUAUAUCGUGGUGGAUGAGUUCCAGAACACCACUCGUGCAGGUGUCUAUGCAGUUGGGGAUGUUUGUGGGAGAGCUCUUCUUACACCUGUUGCUAUUGCUGCUGGCAGAAAGCUUGCUCACCGGCUGUUUGAGGGCAAAGCAGACUCCAAAAUCAAUUAUAAUAAUAUCCCUACUGUUGUGUUCAGCCACCCACCUAUUGGCACAGUGGGACUAACUGAAGAUGAAGCAAUCAAGACCUGGGGAAAGGACAAUGUGAAGGUUUAUACCACUUCUUUCACCCCCAUGUAUUAUGCCAUCACCACUCGAAAGAGUCAGUGCAUUAUGAAGUUGGUGUGUGCUGGCAAAAAUGAAAAGGUGGUUGGUCUCCAUAUGCAGGGUUUUGGCUGUGAUGAGAUGCUUCAGGGUUUUGCUGUGGCCGUUAACAUGGGAGCUACUAAAGAAGACUUUGACAGAACCAUUGCCAUCCACCCGACGUCCUCAGAAGAGCUAGUAACACUGCCCUAAUCAAGUGUUCAUAUUCCAAGAUGAAGCUUUGUUCCAAUCUAAACAAUAAAAAAUAAAUUUUCUUUGACUAUUCUCCCACCAUUAGUAUUUUGUAAUGACAAGAAGCAUAUAUUUGGUUUGUUAUAUCUCUGGGGUCAUGUAUUAUCGCCAGUGAUUAAGAAAGACACAUUACUACCGUUCAUCUGGCUGUGUCUCUUGUACAUUGCAUUGUUGUACCCCAUCGCUCCGAUUUUUGACGGGCAUUAUUGUUUGAUUGGAACAGGGUCAGAUGAAGGCUUGAAGCUAAAAGUGAAAUUAAAUAUGUUUAUAGUCAAACACUGUUGCUUUACCUUUACAUUUUUGGAAGGUUGGAUUCAGAGAGUUGCUUUCAGUAGUAGAGGGCAAGUAGGGCUUACUCAAUAUAUGUAAAAUAAAAUUGUGGAUAUACACAGUUCAGCACUUGGGCAUAGACCCUGAAUACAUUUACAAAACAAAUUUGUGUCUUUGUGUGGUUAAUUGAUCUUUUCUUAUUUUCUGU